GGGCAUCCUUUGGUACGUAAGUUGGAUGUAUUGUUAGUUGGAUGCACUAGCUCCGCACACUUAGAGAAUCCAAAUUAUUAUCCGGUGAAGCUUGUUAUUCAACAAUUUCCGACUGCGUAUGAUGGGACGUGAAAGGGGGUGGGACAGCAGGUAGAUUGUUAUGAUAGCGGAGUUCUGUACCUGUCGAGCUCUGGCUGUUUCAGACACCUGCCUACGGUGGCGUGCGCACGCAUUCUGUGCCACGUUUUCAGGUACGCAGACCAAUGAGAGAGCAAGACAAAUAGCUGUUAGGAUAUGGAAGCCACAACUACGGAAUACAGAGAACAGAACGGUGGUUCGGGUGUUAGUGGUGGGUUUGUAGCACAGGUAUAAGGGUCUUUUAAUUUUUUUUUUUUUACAUUGGGACAAAGGUAGUAGGAAAUCUUUUCUCUUCUUGGGCGAUGGCAGGGCGAUAUGCGGUGGUGGUGUACGUGGUGACAGCAGGGCUACAUGGGGACAACCUGGGAGCUGAUGAACAAGAAGUGGUCCUCUUCUCUUGGUUAGUGGUGGACGUCGCUAACACCAAGGUGGUGGUGGUGCAACAACACUUUGUAAAACCCAGAGGUGCUGACGUCAAUGAAAACCUCCUCUCCGACACUUGUAGAUCUGUUUUUCAACUGACCGAAGAAUCUGUAAACAAUGGGCAGUCUCUUGAAAACGUCCUAGAAGAGUUGGACCAGUUUGUGAAAGCGAGGUUCGAUAAUGAUGGUAACAGAAACUUUUUUCUGGUCACCGACGGUCAGUUUCACCUCCGACAAGUUCUUCAUCCCGAAGCUACCAAAAAGAACCUUUCCCUUCCUGAUUAUUUCUUUUCAUUCUUUGAUCUCAGGAAGGAGUUCCGAAGGUUUUACCACACGGAUGAAAUUCUCUCCAUUCAAGAUAUGCUAAACUGUAUCCUUUGAAUCGUAGACAUUGAAUGUACAGU